AGUGUAGUUUGCUAUCCGCCGUUCAAAACACCCACGAAGAAGACGGGGAGCACGGGAAGUCUGUUUACAGUUGACGGUAGUUUGUAAACAGUUUGCGGUCGUGCCAGGUGUGGAAACGGUGUAUUUCUCGAGGAUGAAUUGUGCGGAGCCGCUUUUGUUUUAAGACGAAUAACCCGAGGUGCUACGAUGCUUCAAACACACACUGGAGUUUUCACAUUGGAUCAUCUGAUUGGCCAGACCGAGCAACGUCCUUUACAUUUUCAAGAGGAGCAGAAUUAAAGAGCAUGCUCUGAAGACAAAUGCCAUGAUGUGACAGCCUUCCUGCAUGGUACUGGUGGUUAUUUUGUCUGUGUUAAGAUGCCUCGACUAGAGGAGGUAGCUAAUGUCGUCUUCAGGGUGCCCAGCAUCUUGGUGUUGGAUACGCUGUAUAAAUGUGACAUUGACAGCUUCACGGAUCAUCUCAAAGCGAGGACAGAAGACAUGCUCUUCAAGUACAAAUAUGUCAUCUGGAACAUUUAUUACUUGGGUCUCAUAGUGAGCGCCAUGGUGCUGCUGUUGCCUCUUAAGCAUAUUAUCCAGUUGUACCUGCAUGGUCUCUGUGCCCUGCUACUUUACAUGGGUCAUCAUAUUGUCAGAGAUUAUGUAAGAGAUGAAGCUCAGUAUGGGUAUGAUGGUGCGCUCUUUCUGGAUUCUCCGGCACUGAACCGUUUCGUGACUGCACUCACCAGUCAGAUAAUAGUCAGUACACUGUGUGCCUUCCUCAUGCAGACUCGGCAUGUGUGGCUGUUCUCAGCGCACUUGCUCCCUCUUCUGGCGCGUGUGGUAUCUGUCCGUCUAGACUGGCUCCUCACACUGUCCUCCGUGGCCUUGAUGAUCACAGGGGUCGAGGUCGCCGUCUUCCUCCUCGCUAACUUCUUUGUGCCGUACAGACUGGCCAGAGCUGCUUACAGAGAGAUAAUGGCGAUUGAGGUGACCGAGUUGCUCAGACUGAUGGCAGUUGGAGUAUCUGUCUGGCAUGGCUUUGCUGUGCCUGUGUUGUUUAGUGUUUUCUGGUUUGUGCUGUUUGGAGUGCAACUUGUUACCAGUUAUGGCACUGUCACUGCCGUCACACAGGGUCUGCUACUCUACUUCCUCACCAGUGUUUCUGAAUGCUGUGCUACCCCAUACUCCCUGCUUGGCUUAACGUUUGUGGUGUCUUAUACGGCACUGGGUCUUCUGAGUCUCUGUAAGGUCUAUCUUGGAGGAUUCAGUGCUCUCCAGAACCAUAAUGUCAUGCACAGGGGUGUGACAGAGGGAGCGACUCUGCUGCUGCUGGCCCUGCAGACUGGGUUGCUGGACAUGGCAGCUCUACAGCGCUGCUUUCUGCUCUUUAUCAUCCUCUUCAUCGUUCUCACAUCUACUCUACAAAGCAUGAUUGAGAUCACAGAGCCUGUUGUGUUGGGGCUCGGAGCUAGUAGAAACAGAAGUGUGUGGAAGCACUUGCGUGGUUUAUCUAUGUGUGGAUUUCUGCUGUUUUUUCCGGGAUUCAUGGCCUACAAGAUCUCCCAGAUUUUCAGCAUGGAUUUCUGGCUGCUGAUCUUGGCCUCUAGCUGUAUACUCACCUCACUGCAGGUGACAGGCACUCUGCUGAUCUACAGCCUGUUCAUGGUGGAGGUCUGGCGCGGUGCUGCCCUGCCCGGCUUUGAUGAGAUUGUUUAUUAUGUGAAUGGAGUGUGUCGGCUGCUGGAGUUUGCGGUGGCUGUAUGUGUGGUGGCAUACGGGGCUUGGGAGUCACUGUGGGGAGAGUGGAGCUGGAUGGGAGCGUCGAUCAUUAUCAUUCACUCCUACUGCAAUGUGUGGCUACGUGCCCAGUCUGGCUGGAAAAGCUUCUUGCUUAGACAGGAAGCUGCUCACAAAAUCAGUGUACUUCCACGAGCCAGUGCAGAACAGCUGCAGGACCACAACGAUGUCUGUGCCAUCUGCUUCCAGGAUAUGACAUCAGCGGUGAUCACAUACUGUGGUCAUUUCUUCCAUGGCACCUGUUUGAGAAAGUGGCUUUAUGUGCAAGAGACAUGCCCCAUGUGCCAUUCCUCCAUCAAACCCUCCUCAGCUAAACCCAAAGCUGCAGCAGAUGAAGCUCCACCGACCCACCACCACCCACCUCCAUCAGAGCAACCGCCUUCUCCAGACACCCAUCAGCAGGAGGAGCAGGGAUCACGGGUAGACAGUGUUUACUCUGCAGAGACCAGCUGUGAUGAGUCUGACAAUACAAACUCAGAGAGGACUUGCAGUAAGGAGAGUCUCCAACACUUGCACUGUGGCUCAAAUGGUGAUUCUGAAGGUGUGGCAAAUACUGUACCCUUCUGCUUAUCGGAUGGAGACCCUGAAGUGGCUUCUCAGGAGCUUCGGGAAGCAGACUGAAAAGUAAGCUAAGUCAAAGAAGCAUGCAUCAGAGAAACUGCCAUGCCAACAAGACAGACUGAUAGAGGGAAAACACAGAGCAAAGCUCAGAGAAAGUGGGACGCACUGAAAGGUAGCCAUAACAGCAGAGGGUUACAAAGGACUGUAGGUACUUCAGUUACCCUGAAGACUUUCUGCUGAUUGUGUGCUUAGACUCAGACCUCAGCAGAAUCAGAUCAUACUUACCAAAUGAUAUUCAUUUUGAAGAAUCUUUUCUUGACAUUUGUUAAGAUGUAAUGUUGGAUGUUUCAGUUCUGAGGAAGACAUGAAAAAAUAGAUGCAUUACAAACAAAUUUCAGUUAUCAGUUAACUAAUUCUGUAUUUUUUGUGUGUGUAAUUUGGGACUUUUCUGUUAGUUCAGAUACAGGCUAUGGUAUGUGUGUGAUGCAGGUCUGUUAAUAUCUGUGCCUCUGACCUUUCUGUUUGCUCCAUUGUGUGCUUUUAUUUAAACUGACAUUAUGAAGUUGUAAUGAAGGAUUCAUGGUGAUUGUUCUCUUAAUUACAUUAUGGUUUGUGGAUGAGUUCUGCCAGAAUGAACGGAUAAAAGACAGUCAUUGAAGUUGUGAGUUGUGCAUAAAGCAAAGACCCAGUUGAGGCUAUGUUUAACAGAGCAGAAAAUAAUGAUUAAAGACACACUGACUGAAAAGUUGUUUUACUCUUGCCUGGUUUCAUUUAAAACUCAGUCUGUGUGAUUUGAAGACAGUUCUGUGUCUAGUUCAAUGUUUCUUCUUUUGCCUUAAUGUUGUAUUAUGAUUAAAAUAACUUACAUUA